AUGGACUCCUCAAUCAAACUCUCCGAUACAGCGCGUCUACUUCAUGAUACAAUGAGCGCAGCCGAGCCAGGCUCGCUCUUUACCCAGCAGCAAGUACAAAACAUGAUUGGCUCUACUUCCCUGGGCACCCUGAUGCCAUUCGUCCAAGAGCUACUGGAUAAGAAUCUUAUACGGCUGGUCAAGCAAAACAACGAGCUAAAGUUUCAACCAGUCAAUGUCUCGGAAGCUCAAAAAAAAGCCUCCAUGUCAGCUGACGAGGCCCUCGUUUACUCGUACAUUGAGGCAAGCGGAAGGGAGGGAAUCUGGACUAAAACCAUCAAGGCAAAAACAAAUCUCCAUCAGCAUGUGGUACUGAAAUGCCUUAAGUCCUUAGAAUCUCAGCGAUAUGUGAAAUCCGUAAAGUCCGUUAAAUAUCCGACGCGUAAAAUUUACAUGUUAUACAAUCUGCAGCCAUCAGUGGAUGUGACCGGAGGGCCGUGGUUUACUGAUAGUGAACUGGACGUGGAAUUCAUAAACAGUCUGCUGACAAUAGUAUGGCGACAUACGGCUGAAAAAACUUACCCCAACGGAUUCAACAAUUUUAACACAUCAGAUAAUGAGCCACUUUACACUCACAAUGUGAAAAAUUAUUCUACGACAGAUGAAAUCCUCAGCUUUAUUAGUGGUGCUAGGGUCUCUACUGUAGAACUGUCAAAAGCUGAUAUACGAUCACUCUGUGAAGUUCUUGUGUAUGACGGAAAAUUGGAGAAAGUUAAUCUUGACUGCUAUCGCGUAACCUUGCAGAGCGUCCUACAGAUGGGAGGUCACAAAGGAAAGCACGACUCGGAGACUAAAGAUUACUCCAUUUUUGAGUACGCAGGAGUCAUUUCUCCUUCGAACGCUGAAAAAGAGGUGAUAUACAUGGAUGAGUGGAUGCUGUAG